UCCCAUCUCCUUCCCUCGCGCUGCCAGAAACCCGACGCCCGAUCCCCCAUCUCCAUCGAUCCCCAUCUCCCUUGUCUCCCCUUCGUCCUCUGCGACUGGGCUGCCACCUCACUAUCCUACCUCCUCGUUUGCCAUGGCCGCCGCCCGUUCGUUGCCUCCGCCAUAGGAGCCUCGCGCCCGACCCCCUCGUCAAGGCCAUGGGUGCCUGCGGCCCUGCCUUCUGCAUCUACCACCAUCGUCGUGGCCGGUCCGUGCUUCUCCACCGGAGCCACGUCGCCUCCCCGCCAUGGUGCCCUGCUCCAGACCUCGUCCUCGUCGGACUACGCCGCCCCCAGGACAGCUCCUCCGACCUCCCCGUCCUCUGCUUCGCCUCCUCGCGCCCCUGCCUUCUUCACCCACGCCGUCCUCCACCAGCAGCGUCGCCACCCCGCCGGACCUCGUUCCUCAGCCUGCAGCCAUGGCCUCAAGCUCGCCAAGCCGUUGCUCCCUCGUCCCUGCACCAGCCAGGUUGGACGCCCAUCUGCCGGAUCUGCAAGUCCCGUGGCCGCCCUCUUCAUCUCCGACGGAUCUCGCACCUUUGCAAGCCGCUGCCCCGCCUCUGCCUCGUUCGAGCGGGGAGGAGGACGCGCCUCUGCUCGCCCGCAUCGACAAGUGCAAUGACCCGCAGCUCUCUGUACCGGCCUCCGGUUAGCUUCUUCGCCUCCAUGGCCUCCUUCACACAAGGUCGACUCCAUCACAGAGAACGACUACAUGAUGACCCUGGAUAUGGGAUUACAAAAUGCCAAUUACCCUUCAGUUCAGCAAGACCGGCAAGUUCGACUACAACAUCGUAAUAUCAAGUACACGAUGAACCUCGAAGAUUUUGGACGUGCCAAGUUCCUCUUCAAAUAUGAACGACUACAUCUGACGUGGAAUUCGUCAAGAACCCUGGAGGCCACAUUGACGCCAAGUACCUCUACCGCUUUGUCUGGAACCGUCAAACCAUCUUGGAUUUCGCCGAGUGCCACUACACCCGAAGGGACACUGGAUUCGUCAAGUUCGUCUUCGACACUGUGUACCACUACCACCGCCCGAACAUCUACAGAACGUGUACCACAACCAUCGCUGAAGACCCGUGAACGACUAAUGAUGACCCUCCAAGUUCGUCCACGAUUGCCAUGUACAACUACCGACGCCGUGAACAAUUACUUCCACUACAUCGCGAGAACGUCUACUUCCCUCUA